AUGUCUACACUUGCACAUCAACUACAAACAAUUCAUCAAAAUCAUUUAGAAUCAUUAGAUAAAAAGAAAAAGGUCAUAUCUCUUCUUUUUGAUCCAUCAGAAGCAGCUGAUCAGGAUCUGGAUUCAAUUUUUGCACUUGCAAGUAAUGGCUUUCUAGAGUUAUUAAAGAUAGAACCUAAAUUUGAACGAUUUUCAAAAACACUUUUCUCAGAAAAAUCCAAAUAUAUAGAUCGUUUUGAACAAACGAAAUCAGAAAACGACUCUCUUGAUAAAUGUAUUGAUACAUUUCUAUCUCUUUUAGCUCCAUAUUUUUUAUUACGACCUUCUAUAAAAGUACUAGAAUGGUUAAUACGUAAAUUCAAAAUACAUAAGAAAAACCAGGACUCUCUUUUACUCUCAAUUUUUCCAUAUCACAUGCAUCCCUUUUUUAUAAAAAUUUUAUCAAUUAUAGAUAUACCUUUACCAACAUGGUCAUUUCUUAUUCCUUUUAAAAAUCGAAAAACAUGCCCAACUCAUUAUAUAAUUGCAAAAUCUCUAUCAGAAAAUGAAAUACUUUUUUCAAUGUUUAUGAACUAUGUUCAAUGUAAGGUUAAAGAAAAAAGAGAUUAUCAAACUCUUUUAAAAUUUUGGGCUACAUGUAUUACAGAGGCUAUUUAUAUUAUGAAAAAAGAAUCAACAAACGAAGAAAUUGUUCUCUCUAAAACCCUUCCAAAUAUUUUUGAAGGACUAUUACUACAAUCGUCUUCUGAAUAUCAGAUUGCAAAUUAUAUAAUAAUAAUAGCAAUAAGUGCUUAUUACUCAUUAUCUGAAAAAUCUUUAAUCAUUGCAUUAACUUUAGUAAGUAAAACAUUAGAUAAAACUACAACAAAUUCAGGACUUAUCUGUUUGGCACAACUUGCACAAACAAGAGAAGGAUACAAACCAUUACCAGACUCUGUAUUUAAGUCAAUAUCAAAACUCAAAGAUAUUAACGAAAAACUUAUUAUGAUUGGUGAAAAGUAUCGGUCGGAUAAACUAAUUGUUGGAUAUAUUCUUUGUUUAAUAGAAAAUAAAAUAAAAAAUAAUGAUUUUUCUUUAUUUGAAGAAUUAGAACUAUUUCUUUCUAAAGCACGACUCUCGAAAGAUGAAUUCAAAAUAAUUAUACAUACUAUAUUUCUUCAAAUUAUCCAAUUUAAAAAUUUACCAGCUGAGACUAAAAAUAAGAUUUCUGAUAUUAUCAAAAAAUUUAAAGAAGAUCCAUUAUUUAGGUCUAUUUUAAAAGAUAUAUCAGAAACAUUCAAAAAUAAUAUAGCAGAAAUACAAAGUAUAUUACAAAUAACCAUAGUAGAAUUACCACCUACAAUUUCAAACGAUAUUGAAACAAAACAACCAGAUUUAAUAAAAAAGGAAACAAAAAUUAUGGAAAAAGAAAUGUCUAUUUUAAUUAAUACUGUUCAAAAUAUUACCCAUGAUUUAUUUUUUAUAAAUUCUAAUCAAAUAUUUCAUAAAGCAUUUUCGAUAGCAUGCAAAUACCCUACAGGAAUUGAUAUACUUUUUUCAUGUCCCGCUUUACAAACUACGUUCUCUAAACUCUGCUUUUUAUCUCAAAUAUGGGUAUCUCAAAAUUCAAAUAGCAACAACCUAGAAGAAAUUGCAAUAACUGCCUUGAAACAAUAUCAAACACUCAUAUCAAACGAACAAAAAAAAAAUAUUGAUUAUCAGUUUUUUAUACCGUAUCUUUUAAUCUCUUUAAAUAAUAAAUCUAUAAACAUAAGAAAAACUGCAUCAAAAAUAAUUCAUCUUCUAGCGAAUAAAUUAGAAGAACUUCCUUCUACAGACUUUAUAAUCUAUGGUUUUAAUGAUAAUAUGUAUGGUAAUAAGUCUUCUAAACUUAAUUGGCUCUCAAAUAAAAAUGAAAAGAAAUUUUUAUUAGAAAUAUUAAUACCUAACAUGGAAGAAUGCAUUUUUGAUAAUAAUUAUAUAUAUAAAAUAUUUAAUGAUCUUUUUGAACCAAAUAAUAAAAAGGAAGAUAUCAGUUUUAAACUUUCUAUUUUGAAAUUUAUAUGUUCUCAUAUUAUUUCUUGUCCUUUUGAAGAUGUUUGGUUUAAAUUGCUCAAAAUAAUUAAUAAUUCUACAGAAAAAAAUAUCCUUAAAACAAAACUUCUUCUUCCAAUUCUUAAAGAUUACCAAAAUUUAAAUCUACAAGAAAAAAACAAAUCAUUAGUUAUUAAAGAACUUUUUAAAAUUGUCGUAAAAGGUGAAAACGGACCUGGUACAAAACUACUGUUGGAAAUUACAAAAUCAAAUCAUAUGGAAUUUGCUAUUGAAGCCUGUCAAAGACUUUCAGAAUUAUGGAAGUAUAUUAAACAUAAUAUUAUGUUUGAAAUAGAAAUAAGGCAACCUAUAUCUUCAAUAAUUUAUAAAACCCUUAAUGACUUUGAGAUCCCGGUAGAAGUUUUUCUAUCCUUAUUCUCUAGUUUAAAUUUAAAAGACUUGCUUCUAUCAUUAUUAACCAAACAGCAAAAAAAUACAGAUUCUUCCAACGAAAAAAUAGAAAAAGAACUACAAUAUAUUACAAUAUUUCUAGAACUAUUAGAAAAAAAUAAUCCAGAAACUAAACCUCAAUUGAUUACACAUCUUUUCACAUCAUUAAAUUUUUUAAUUACACUAGAAACGAAUACCAGAAUAUCAAUGGCAUAUCCAGAACAGAUUAUUCUUACAUGUCUUCAAAAAAUAAUAAGUAAUAUUUCUCCUAAUUUUAAUUCUAAAGCAAUUCGUAUGGACCUUUUAAUAAAUUGCAUAUGCUCGUCACCAACUCCUCAAAUUCAUAAUCGCACUUUAUUGCUUAUUGCAACAAUUGCUAAAGCAUUCCCAGAAUUGAUUCUUCAUAAUAUUAUGCCAGUUUUCACAUUUAUGGGGACAAAUAUUCUUUAUCAAGAUAAUGAUUUUUCUACAUAUAUAAUUGAACAGACUAUUCAAAAAAUUAUUCCUCCUCUUAUUUCUAAUAGCAAAAAUCUAAAUGAUGAUAUAGUAAAAAAUUCAUCUACAAUAUUAACAAGUUUUGUAAACGCAUUUGCUCAUAUACCAGAUUAUCGUAAGUUAAAACUGUUUAUUAUUCUUAUCAAAACUCUAGAUCCCAAUGAAUUUUUAUACGCUUUUCUUGUUUUAUUUUUAAAUAUGAAAUUUAACUAUGAAAAAAAAAAAAAAGAUAUUGAAAUUGAAACUAUUACUGAUUUUUGCAUAUCUUUAUCUACAUCCUUUGAAAUAGAAACACAACUAUUGUCUUUUUGGAAGCUUUUAAAUUUUGCAAAAUCAUUAACUAUAGAUACUUCAAACAUACCAAAUAAUCAAGUCUUAAUAAAUACAUCAGAUUUUGAUAACAAAAAAUUAAAUGAUCUACGUUCUCAGCUUAUCAAAAUUGUCGGAGACAUUUUUAUUUCAAAGCAAUUCAAAAUAAUUUUUCUAACUAUGCAUCAAACUAUGACAGAUGAUAGCAACAUAUUAUCAACUAUUCAUAAAAUUAUAGAAAUAUUGAUUAAAAUGAAAGAAAUAUAUAUAGUUUCUAAAAACAAAAUUCUUCAAAAUUCAUUACAAUAUGUGUUAAAAGAAAUCCUCGUACUUUUACCAGCAAAAAUAUUCACUGUUAUUAUCAAAAAAUUAUUAAUUUCAGAAAAUCUUAAACUUCGUUUGAAUGCGUGCAUUAUCCUAAAAAAUAAAAUUGAAAUGGAAUCAAAAAAUACUAAUACAGAAUCUACUGCAAUAGAACUUCUUCCAAAUAUCAUAAAAAAUACAUUUAAAAAAGAAUUUAAAUUAACAUGUGUAGGACUUGAAUGCGUUAAUGUUAUAGCUCAAAAAUAUGGAGAAAAUAAUUCUACAAUUUUUUUUCAAAUACUUGAUAAUAUAAUUGAAGAUGGACUUAAAAACGGAAAUAAAGAUACUCAAAUAUUAUCUAUUAUUUGCAUAAAAGCUAUAAGUGUAUAUUUAGGACCUCGUUUACUUCCAAAACUCCCAAAUUUUAUUCCUUAUAUAUUGAAAGAAGUUAAAGAUUCUAAUGAUGAUAUAUUAGAGAUAACCAUAUACUCUCUUAUAGAAGAACUUAUUAACUUAAUUCCUUCAUUUAUGUCAUCUUAUACGAAACUAAUACUCGAAUCAUGCUUCUAUAAAAAUCCUACAGAAAAUAAAGAAUUAAAUACAAUAAGAAAUUCCUUAAAGAAUACAGUAGCGAAACAUUUACCCUUAAAAGUGGUAUUUUUAUCAAUUUCUAAAUACUGGGAACAUAUUAUUUCUUUAAACAAAACUACUAUUGUAUUUCAACUUGAUUUAUUAGAAACAACUCUUAAAAAUUCUAAAAAGGAAGACAUAGAAAAAAAUUCACUGCAAUUAUUUAAUUUUUUUCUUACAAUAUUUAAUAUAAAAGAAGAGAAAGAAAAAACAAUUGAAAUAUUUCUUCAAAUGAUCAUGAAAUUAAACGACACAACCUUUCGGCCGUUAUUUCUUAAUUUCCGUCAAUGGGCAUUCUACGAUUUAUACUACGAAAAAACAAAAAUCGAUCCUAGGCCCCGAUUACUAACUUUUUAUAAAUUUUUUGGGAUAUUUUUAGAAAAAUUUAAGUCAAUCGUAACAAAUUAUUUCUCUCAUGUCUUAGAUGAUACUAUCGAAUUACUUCAAAAAGAAAAAGAUGAUACCUUUUGUUUAAAAUCAGAUCUAUGGGAAGCAAUUAUAAAUUCAAUUCAUCAAAAUCUUUUGUAUGAUACUGAGGAAUUUUGGCAAAAUUCUACACGAUUUUCAAAAAUGGCACCAGUACUUAUAUCUCAUUUAUCAUUUACACCUCGAUAUAAAGUAGACAAAUACUUAAUACCCUCUAUAGCACAAUUAGCAGCAAUCACAGUUUCAGAUGAGCAUUAUAAGACAAUUAAUACAUUAGUCCUUACUCAUAUGAAUUCUGAUAACGCAUCAGUACGUCUUGCAGCUUUGGAAACCCAAAAAGAACUUUAUACUCGAGUUAAAGAAGAAUGGCUUGUAACAUUGCCACAAACUAUACCAUUUAUUUUAGAAGCUAUGGAAGAUCAAAAUGAAAAAAUUGAAUAUUCUGCACAAAAACUAAUUGUAACUAUAGAGUCAUAUCUUGGUGAAUCUCUUCAGCGAUUUCUUACAUAA